UCUGCGCAUGCGGAAUUUAUAGGUCCGCGCCAAGCAUACACGGAUUAAGGGGGCGGGGUCUCCAGAUGUUGGCACUUCAGUUGGGGCACAAUCAGACACAGGACGAACAGGGAGUAAGGCUGCUGAGGGAAGGAAGCCAGAGUGCCAGUAUUGAUCAAUUAAGUCGAAGAUAGCCAUAGACAUUAAGGAUAUUGUAUUCAUUAUGUUCCACAAGUGAAAAAAAUUAUAAUUUAAAAGAAAAGGCAUUAGCAGUAUGGAUGUUGAUGCUGUUCCUGUUGGCAACCUGAUUGAUUUUGACUCAGAACCUUCUGUAGUCGAGUCUUCAUCACUUGCACCCCAGAAGACUUCAGAUUUUUCUGACAACAUCCAUGAGGAAGACCCUGGCAAUGAUAGUGAAGCAACAGAAUCUGCUGAUAGUGAAAAUGAGGCAACUGAUUCACCUUGCCACAGUGGCUGGAGCCAAUCUCGUCGUUCCUCUUCCAAUGAGUCCUUCUCCUCUAUUCAAAGUGUAGAAUAUACAGAAGACGAGGAAGCAACAGAAAGGAGGGAAUUCAUAUACAAAUAUGUGGACAAGAUAUUUCAUGGAGGAGAGGAAAUUGACCAAGAGGAGAAAGCACGGUUUGGCCAGCUGUGCUCUGGGGACAAUAGCAAAGAAAGGGAGUGGUUUGCCAAAUACGUCAGCGCCCAGCGGUGCAAUUCAAAAUGUGUUUCAGAACAGACAUUCUACAGGCUUGUCCAGUCAUUUGCUGUUGUUCUUUUUGAGUGCUACCAAACAGAUGACUUUGGUCCAGCCAAAAAUCUGAUGACCAUGUGCUUCACGUAUUAUUAUAUAGGAAAAAUGCAUCUGUCCCCAAAUGAAUUUAUGGAAAAACCAUCCAGUGGCAUUGAUUCCUACAUAAAAUCUGCCAACACAUGGCUGUCAGAGAAGAAAGACAUUGCUGAACGGCUUCUUAAAAAUACCAGUACUAAGACAGAAAAUGUUAAGGGAUUCUUUGGAGGUCUUGAAAACAAGCUGAGAGGCCCCUUAACAAAGAAAAAUGAAGAUGCAGAGAAUACGCCUGAAGAGAAGCCUAAGAAGACUGUUCAACUGGAUUAUCCUGAAGAAAAAAAGGGAGAGAAGAUUUAUCUUUAUGUGCACCUUAAACAACAACCAAUCUGGCACACACUUCGGUUCUGGAAUGCUGCCUUUUUUGACGCAGUCCACUGUGAGAGAAGGAAGAGGUCUCCUACUACCAGGAGGAAUGCUGGGGAGCAAAAACACAAGAGAGAGAAGUGGUGUCAUAUGACACAGGAAGAGAAGGACGACAGUCUAAGGUUUAAUGAAAACAUUACAUUUGGUCAGCUGGGAACCUUUACACAUAAUAUGAUAGCUUUUGGACUUAGCAAGAAGCUCUGCAAUGAUUUUCUUAAGAAACAAGCUGUUAUUGGCAAUCUAAAUGAAGAGCAAUACAAGCUGCUUACAGAUCACAUUGAACAGAUGGCUUUGGAGUAAAGGAGAACCGCAAUAAAAGCUACUUGCAGCAAUUCUUUUUGCAUGGCAAUUGCCAUCUUGUAGCAUGGUACAAUACAAAGUCACUUAGAAAGAAAAUGCAGUAACCAUAAUUUAUCCAAAAAUUCUGUUUAACUCUGUACAAUCAAAAAAUAAAGCAAUUUAGAAUAUAUAAGUAUUCCUUUAGCUUGUAUUGCAUUGAUACUUUAGAGACACUGAUGAAAAUACUUUCAAUGAGACAAAAUAUCUCUUCACUGUUCUUUACCAUAUGUUAAAAAUGCAAAAGUGCAAAAACCGCAAGCCAAACAUCAGACUUUCUCUGAAGUUGACAUUUUUGGAACGAUGGGAAUAACCAUGUUCCAUUUCUUUUUUAAACACUAGUAGCACUAGUGUAAAAUUGCCAUUAUAGUGCACUGUGUUUGAUAAAAGGAAGAUGCAGUGCGAAAUAAGAAAUUGUCAUAAACAAAAUAAAGCACUUAAACCCAUUGUCAUUUGAGAUAAAAACAAACUAAUUUUUUCUGUUUCUUUUUAUUUUCUAAGUGCCUUUAAAGACCUGCAAAACAUUUUUGGCCACUUGAGAAAUGAUUGAUACAAUUUAGUGGGCAACUUUUUUAGACACUUAAGUUGCUUAUUAAGUACUUAUAUUUUGCUAAAAAUUACAGUAUUUUAUAUGUGCCACCUGUUUAUGUAAUAAAAUAAAACAGUGUUUUGGCAUGUAUUUUGAUAAUUAGUCCUUUGUCAACAAUAGAAAUCUAAAUAAAAAUUGUUUUGUUUUAUCAAUAAAUCGCCAAUGACUAUACACAUACACAGUAUUUUGUAAAAUGUUCCACACUUGGCUUAAAUGCUAAUUUUGAUAAUAUAAGUAGCAUCUGCCAUGUGCACUGCUUCUUUAGGGCAUAAUAAGAUGCUUUAUUUUUUGAGACACUGUUUUUGCCAGUGAGAUAUGUUGUGUAUUAUAUUCCUGAAAAAUGAUCUGUAAAUGAUAUUUUUUUAUUUAUUUAGAGGACUAUUUAAAGGAGAUCUCUUAUCAUGUUAAUGGAACUUUUCACAAUUACAUCAAAUUAAUGUUCAUUAAAGGCAAAUAGUAUAGAAAUUCAAUAGGCAGGCUGUUAAGUAAUGGGACAAAAUAUGUACCCUAAGUUCUUGUCUAUAAGCCGCGGCUUAUCUAAGGAAAAAAGUUGUGAAAAUGAAAAAAUAGAAUAUCGGCUUAUACAUAAGUCCGGCUUAUACAUCCUUCGCGGGGGUUGCGUUCCAGAGCCACCCGCGAAAUAAGAAUAUCCGCGAAGUAGAAACCAUAUGUUUAUAUGGUUAUUUUUAUAUUGUCAUGCUUGGGUCACAGAUUUGCGCAGAAACACAGGAGGUUGUAGAGAGACAGGAACGUUAUUCAAACACUGCAAACAAACAUUUGUCUCUUUUUCAAAAGUUUAAACUGUGCUUCAUGACAAGACAGAGAUGACAGUUCCGUCUCACAAUUAAAAGAAUGCAAACAUAUCUUCCUCUUCAAAGGAGUGAAGCAAACAAAUCAAUAUGUCUGUUUGGCUUUUAAGUAUGCGAAGCACCGCGGCACAAAGCUGUUGAAGGCGGCAGCUCACACCCCCUCCGUCAGGAGCAGACAAAGAGAGAGAGAGGGAGAGUUUGUUUUUCAGUCAAAAAUCAAUACGUGCCCUUCGAGCUUUUAAGUAUGCGAAGCACUGUGCAGCAUGUCUUUUCAGGAAUCAGCUUUACAAAAGAUAGCAACGUGAAGAUAAUCUUUCAGCAUUUUUAGACGAGCGUCCGUAUCGUCUAGGUGUGCAAACAGCCCCCCUGCUCAAUCCCCAUACGUCAGGAUCACAGAUAGUCAGCGCAAGAGAGACAGAAAAGUAAGCCGGGUAGCUUCUCAGCCAUCUGCCAAUAGCGUCCCUUGUAUGAAAUCAACUGGGCAAACCAACUGAGGAAGCAUGUACCAGAAAUUAAAAGACCCAUUGUCCGCAGAAAUCCGCGAUAUAUAUUUAAAUAUGCUUACAUAUAAAAUCACAAUUUAAAUGACCGCUACGCGCUCGUGUUGACUCGGCGACGCCCAGAGCAGAAAGAACGCGCUCCGGCCGCUCCAACCGCGCCAUGCGGGGAGUGAGAGAGACGCCAAUAUCUCACACUCUCUCCCCCCUUAAAGAAAUUAAAUGGGCGCGAGUGAGACCACUGACCUCCCUCCCUUCUAUUAGUUAUAGGUUAUAGUACGUUCGGCUUAUCCAUGAGUCCGGCUUAUCUAUGAUACGAUUUUAUUUUAAAAAUUCGUAUGAUUUUUGGUCUCCGGCUAAUACAUGAGUCCGGCUUAUAGACAAGAACUUAGGGUAUUAGCAUUAAUUAGCAUUAUGUAUUAGCAUUAAAGUAUAAUUGCAUUAUUUUGUAAUUAUUAGUGUAUUUCAUAUUUAAUGACCAUUGGUAUUAUAGAUUAAAUGUUACAGAGGAGCGGCUUAUGGAGUCUUUUUAAACAUUUCAUUCCAAAUUUGUUUUUUUUUUUUUCUUUUUUGGGUAGAUUUUAAGGUGUUUAUACUGAAAUGGGCUUUAAUUUUAAAAAGUACAUCUGACUCUGGGAGGAAAAUAAACGACAAGCUGUUCACUUAAAUACCUAUAAGAAGACAUUGGGAAAAAUGAUAGUUUGGCCAGAUUAUACAUGAUGUUACAUAUACCAGUUUCACAGAUGUCGAAAUUACGUGCUGAAAAAAUACAUCUUUGAAAUGUUUUCCACAAUAAGUAAUAAUGUUGUGUAUCUGGCCUUAGAACCUUUACCUUGCUGUUGCAAAUACACAAUUACUGAGCACUAGUUGCUAAAAUUAUUGUUUAAUAAACAAAAAUGUGAAGGUAAUGUUCAGAUAAUUUAUAUUUGUUGGAAAUAAAAGUUGCAGUUCUUGUUCUUUACAGUUCACUUUUUGUAAUACAUGUAAUGGAUGAUACAAUAUUUUAGUGACACUCGAACUAUUGUAGAGCUACACCUUGUAGUUUUUAUUUUUGAGAAUGUGAAAUUAUAGUGUUUCUCAAUUGCAUUGAGACAAAGUAUUUUGCUGUGUGUAGAUUUGUUUAUGGUGCAAUUUUAUGGUUUUGAGGCAAUAUUUUUAUGCAUUGAACUUGUAUUUUUAGAAGAAAAGAUGUCUAUGCUAGUGUGCUUUCCCUUUUAUAAAUGUUCUAAAUGAAAGGUUUACAAGGCUUACUAAGUAAUGUGUUCAUAUCUGCAAUGAUUUUACUGUUCAUUUUUGUUUAUCUGAUUAUGUGAAUUGAGAAAUGACUGAAUAUAAUGCAUAAAAGCAUUCCAUUGUCCAGUAUGCCAAAGGAAAAAUAAAAUGUACAGAUUGGAUACAUUAGAAAAUGUCAUCCCAAAUAUUUAUAAACUCUAGAUUUUGUAAGGUUUUUAAAUUAAUAUCAAAUGUAGGCAGUAAAUAACAAUUUUAAAAAUGUGCGAUACAAUUCCCCUUGGAAAAUACAUUAGGUUGUGCAGGAAGACACCUUUUAAAUAGUAUAUUGUUUAGUUUAUAUUAUAAUUUGUGUUGUUACUGAAAGCUGUAAUAAAACUUAUGCGGCUUUCAUUGUCAUACACAGUGUAGCUAGCUACUGUUCAAAACAUUUACAUCAAGGAAAUCUUCUUCUUCUGGUUCACAAUUAAAGGAUGCUUUUAAAAGGAAACAUUAUGAGCACUCAUGGCAGAGGUAAUAGAAUGGUUUUAGAAAAAAAUUCACAUAUCUUUAAUGUGUAAUGUUUUGUAUAGGAUUGGCUGAAUAACAUGUUGGCUAGACUGGGUGUGUAUGUUUCAUAGUUUUAUAGGUUUUAUUCUUGUGAAUCCAAAUAUAAUUUUGCAUGUGAAAGUAAAAAUGUAUUUUUGAUUCAAACUUGUCAAUUUGUUGUAUACAUAUUAUGUACUGUACACACAAAUAUACUGAACAUGUGUGUGUAUGUAAUGUACAGUGUAAUACAUUUUUCCAAUUUAUCUGAACAUCACGUACAUAAAUCUGUAACCAUUAUUGGAUAAUUUUACAUGUUUUGUUGUGCUGUUGUAACCAUUUAUAUUUCGUUUUUAAUUUUGUUGGUGAUGUUUAGACAUCUAUUAGACUGUUUAGUUAUAUUACCUAUAGCCAAACUUUAGCUCUUCCAUAAUUUAUUUGUGUGUGUUAAUAGUGUUGCUUUAGUGUAAAAUGUUAAUCGGUAAUAUUUGCCAACUGCUUUCUCUGUAUUGUAUAGAAAUAAUGUGUUACUCAUGAUCAUCUUACCAUCUGAUGAAAUAGAUAAACAUUUGUGAUCGUGUGUGACUGACGUAGGCAAUAGUAAACACAUAGAGAAUCCUAUUGUAAAUUUCAUUUUAAAUGCUGUGUGCACUGAGUUUGUGUAACUUGUGUGUAAAAUUCAGCGGUUGUGUAUGUAUAUGAAUAUGAAUGUCUAAUUCCACAUGUAUAUUUAUAUACACAUACUUUUUCUUUAUGUACAGUAUUCUGCAUGGUAGUUGAAUCACAUUUUGAUUUUACUUUUAAUUCUACAUCUACAGUUAUUGAAAUAAACCUACUGAAUAUGAAAAUACUGUAAUAAAUCUGUUUUAAGUACAAUGAGAAUGGUUUGUUAUGCUUGACAAUGAACUAAUAAAACUUAAAAAAUCCCAUGCAUUUCAACCAA